AUGCUGCCAAGUUUUGCCAUGAGAACAAAGCUGCUUCUCCUGCUGUUGCUGCUGCUGCUGCUGCCCAGCAUAGCCAAUGGGAGAAAAUGUCCCCUCGAUUUCACCAAGGAUUGGGAUGGGGUGUACAAUUAUUACCACCCAGGCGAUCUCUUCCUUGGUGGGAUUGUCCCUCCAAGACCAGGUCUGAUUCAGCCAGCGACCUUCCAGGAGCCUCUCUUUAACCAACCAGAUUUGAAAGGCGACAAUUCAUACUGGUUCCUUCUGUCCUUUCUUUUUGCCAUUCAAGAGAUCAACCGGAAUCCCUGGGUUUUGCCCAAUGUCACCCUGGGCUAUGACAUCUAUGGGAACUAUUAUGAUGCACGAAUGACCUCUGAUGCCCUGGCAGACUUGCUCUCCACCGGAGAGGCAAAUGUUCCAAACUACAGGUGUGGGAGAGAAAAGAGGUUGCUGGCUGUGAUUGAAGGGGCUGAGUCUGACAUUUCUGAGCAGAUUUCCACCUUGUCCAGCCUCUACAAAAUGCCACAGGUCAGUUACGGUUUUGUGUCUGAGACUCUGAAUGAUAAGACUCGGUUCCCCUUCAUCUACCAGUUGGUCCCCAAAGAAGAUUACUUGUAUUGGGGAAUUGCCAAAUUGCUCCACCAUUUUGGGUGGAACUGGGUCGGUCUCCUUGCACCAGACACUGAAAACGGAGAAAGAUUCCUACGCACUUUGAACCCCAUAUUAACCAGGAGCACAAUUUGCGUGGCCUUCUCCGUGAGCAUCCCAACGUUGCCCUGGAAAAUGGGACUGCCGUCCAAGGAACCAUCUACCAUGUGGAAUCACGUCAGACGGAUGAGGUGCCGGGAGAAAGAGGAUCUGGAGACCCUGCCAGAAGAGGUGCUUGAAAAAACCCUCUCUCUGGACAGCUAUGGUAUUUACAACCUUGCCUGGGCAGUUGCUCGGGCUUCACACGCUGCCUACUUAUCCAGGUCCAAGUGGAAAGCCAAGAAGGAAAGGGAUCACAGGCUGGUCCUUCAGACGUGGCAGCUUCAUUCUUUCCUGGGAGAUGCCCACUUCUACAAUACUUGCAUGGAUGGAGUGUAUCUGGAUGAGAAAGGGGACCUCGCUGCCAAAUUUGAUAGCGUGAAUUGGGUGCCCUUUCCCAAUCAGUCUUUUGGGGCAGUGAAGUUUGGGAGGAUAGAUAGACCAUGGGGGUCGCAAGAUCUGGAAUUCAUCCUUGACCAGGAGGCCACAAAUUGGUCCCAGCAGUUUAACCAGUCCCUUCCUCCCUCCAGGUGUACUGAAAGCUGUCACCCCGGCCAAGCCAAGGUGGUCCUAGAAGGAAGGCCUCUCUGCUGCUACGGGUGUGUCUCGUGUGCAGAAGGCUCCAUCUCCACUCAGGAAGAUGCCGAGCAGUGCAGAAGGUGUCCAGCAGAUCACCGUCCAAAUAAGGAGCAAGACAGAUGCAUCCCCAAGGAGGUCACCUUCCUGUCAUACCAAGAAGACUUGGGGAUGAUUCUGGCUUCCUUUGCCCUCAUCAUGUCUUUGGUCACAGCCUUGGUCUUAGCAAUCUUCAUCAGAUUCUUAGAAACUCCCAUAGUCAAGGCCAACAACCGGGACCUCUCCUACAUCCUCCUGGUCUCUCUGCUGCUUUCCUUCUUGAGCUCCCUUCUCUUUAUUGGCUGUCCAAGACCGGCCACCUUCCUGCUCCGACAAACCGCCUUCGGCAUCAUCUUCUCCAUUGCCGUCUCUUCUGUCUUGGCCAAAACAAUCACAGUGGUGCUGGCUUUCCUGGCCACGAAUCCUGGGAACACCAUGAGGAGAUGGCUGGGAAAAACUCUGGCCAACUCCAUUGUCCUUUCUUGCUCCGGUCUCCAAGUUGUCAUGUGUAUCAUCUGGCUGGGAGUUUCCCCCCCAUUCCCUGAAUCUGACCUGCACUCCCAGCCAGAGAAGAUUGUCUGGCAGUGCAAUGAAGGCUCUGUGGCCAUGUUUUAUGGUGUCCUCGGCUACAUGGGCUUCCUAGCUGCUGUCUGCUUCAUGGUGGCUUUCCUGGCCAGGAACCUGCCCGGGGCCUUCAACGAAGCCAAGCUGAUCACCUUCAGCAUGCUGGUCUUCUGCAGCGUCUGGGUCUCCUUUGUGCCCACCUACCUGAGCACCAAGGGGAAGUACAUGGUGGCCGUGCAGGUCUUCUCCAUCUUGGCCUCCAGUGCUGGCCUGCUGGGCUGCAUCUUCAUCCCCAAGUGCUACAUAAUAUUGUUACGACCUGAUCUGAAUACAAAGGAGCACUUAACGACACAAACUAGAGAUAGUUUGAACAGGAAUGCAAAAGACUCCUACCAUUCUCAUAACCCACUGAAAAGUCAUUUGUCACAGUCGGAUUCCCUCUAG